UUAACAGCGAAGCUUCGGCGUUGGCUUUCUUCAGUACUAGACCUAGUGACAGGCUGGCAGCGCUCCCGAAAAUUGCGCCGGCAAAGGAUACAGAGAAUCCCGGCUCCGGCGACGAGGAUGGCGGAGGAGAAGCUUUACCCGGAAGCGAGUUGGGAGUACGAGAAUGCGGUGGCGAAAUGCAAACGGAAGCUCAGAGGCCUCGUCGCCGAGAAGCACUGUGCUCCAAUCGUCCUCCGAUUAGCAUGGCACUCUGCUGGAACGUUCGACGUUGAGACGAAGACGGGCGGGCCGUUUGGGACAAUCAGGCAUGGGGAUGAGCUAGCCCACGAAGCCAAUAGUGGGCUGGACAUAGCAGUUGGGCUUUUAGAGCCCAUCAAGGCCCAGUUCCCCAUCUUGACCUACGCUGACUUCUACCAGUUGGCCGGAGUUGUGGCCGUGGAGAUCACCGGAGGGCCAGAGAUUCCUUUCCAUCCUGGAAGACCAGAUAAAUCUGAACCCCCACCAGAGGGACGCUUGCCUCAGGCUACUCAAGGCCCGGCCCAUUUGAGGGAUGUGUUUUACCGGAUGGGCCUUUGCGACAAAGACAUAGUCGCUCUGUCUGGUGGCCACACACUGGGGAGGUGCCAUAAGGAAAGGUCUGGGUUUGAAGGGCCUUGGACCAGCAAUCCUUUGAUCUUUGAUAAUUCAUAUUUCAGGGAACUUUUGAGUGGGGAGAAACAAGGCUUGAUUCAGCUUCCAACCGACAAAGCUCUUUUGGAGGAUCCAACAUUCCGUUCUUUUGUUCAUAAAUAUGCGGCCGUGAGUCGCCCACUACUACUCAAUAUUUAUUUUCAUGACGAUGUCGCUUCGUUACACAUGGUUUCAUACUUAGUACUUAGUAGUAAACCGUUAAUUUCUUUUGAAUUUUUUUUUAUUCAUUUCAGGACGAAGAUGUUUUCUUUGAAGAUUAUGCGAAUGCUCAUUUGAAACUCUCGGAGCUCGGGUGGCCUUGAUAGUGUCAAAGAGCGAGAGAUGAAACACAAGCCUAUGCUCAGUGAAACGAAUUACUAUCUAUGAUUUGCAGUUGUAAACUUUGUACUAUCCUACCACUUCUAUGUUGGAUUGAAUAAUGGCACGCAAAAUCACAGACUACUUUGGCUCGUGGAACGGUACUUUAUCUUUCAACAACUUUUCCCUAAAUCCAAACGGCAACUUAGAGCUGUUGACACACGCACAUAAAAUACACCAAACUUCCUGGGAAUAUAAAAUUUCGACUGGACUAUGGAAUAAUUGAGCUUAAAAACUCAUAAACUACUUCAACCUGCAAUAUUAUAGGGUAGGAUUCAUGCUAUUUGCUACAAACCAACACAGUGCUACACCAUCACGCCUGUAUUUUAGAAGAUCCAACAAAAACCACAAACAACCAGACUUAAAACGACAUUUUUGCUGGAGUAGUAACAAACAGCCAUCAAAACCUCCACAACAAAAAAUGUGCCUUCAAUCCAAAGUUUCUUCAAAGGUCUUGCACGCUCAAACCUGGGGGAAGAGACUGCUUCAACUUGUCAGCCUUCUCGUUGUCGAAAACGCACAGGGUGUAGAGGUACUUGGAGCACCGGACCUUGAACUUCACCACAUCUUUGCUCCUCUUGAUCUUCACAGAACGGGCAUCCUUCCUCCUAGCUGUGAGGAGAAAGUCCUUGAUCUCAUGAAUCUGCUUCGGCUGUUC